CGUGCUUAUGAUAUGAUUUGUCAUCUUGAGAGACACCGGCAGCGCAUUGCCACGUUCGUGCGUCGUGCCAAGCAGCGGUGGAACUUUCGUGAAUUUAAAUUUUUCGUCCAGCUAGAGCUUCUGUUGAUUUUCAGAACGUGGUCGUGAAAGUUCAGAUGUAGAUUCUCAGAAGAUAUACUUAUGCAGCACAAAUACGACAACGACUUCUCAGCCACUCCAAGUGCCGCCCGGACGGUCCCCCUAUAAUUUCGUCUCUCCUUAGACCUAUUUCUCACAUUCAAUCAUUCUGAAGAAAUUGUUGUAUUUUGGUUCUUCUGGCCAAUUUCUCGAGGAGAGUUGCUGGGUCGCCUGACACCUCCUCUGCUGUUAGUCGAGGAAGCGUGCUCCACAUUGUAAUUGUUUUGCUGGCCAAACAAAAUUCUUGCUGUUCUGACCACAAAGAUUUUGAGCUUGCCUACCAGACUUUAUCUGUUUAGUUUUGCACUCUGUGCGAAAUCAUGGCUGCCAAGGUAGAGCCGCUCGCGUGGGCCGCGUUGUUCAUUGGCAUCGUCGUGGUUAUCUUCUUGUGGGUUACCAUGGACUCGCGACGGGCGAAGUACCACCACCACGGGGACUCUGCGGCGGCAAAAAUGCGGAAGUGGAUGUAUGAAGGUACGGCCACACCGCAUCCGUUUGCCAAUUACUAGGCGAUCGCUUCGUCGUUCUUGUUACGACAAACUUCGACGACGCAGCAGUAAGCAAGCGGAGAGGGGGCUGCCACAGUCGCUACUUCGGGAGAGUUUGAGGACGUAGUUCGAGAACACCAACGGCUGGUGCGACGCGUUAGGACCUUCAAAAGUCGUCCUAACGCGCCAGGAUCAGAAUUAGCUACCUGCGCGCGGUUCCAUUCUGCUUGAUGGGGAAAUGUCAGAGAAACAAUUUAGCCCAGCAACAAGAACCCCAGAAGUAAAUCACUAUUGUAGACAAACAAGAGAACAGCUUUUGAGACAGCGCGGGGCAGCGUGCUCGUGUCUGAUGAGUUUUUUUCUCCUGUUGUGACAGCCACCCUUUCAGAUGUGUCGAUGUAGUGGUCAUCCGUGCGUGCUUCUGUUUGCAUUCACUAUUUCUGUCUUGCACAGCUGUUGCAGCAUCACAUGCGACUGUCACUGAAACAGAACUUGAAUUGUGUUCGUCCACCGCUUCACCGGAACCCUUUCUUCGACGAUAUUGAAGACCGAGUUUCAAAUAUCAAAAGAGUAAGAGAAUGAAUGCACUUCUACAUAUACACAUAGCUGCAUUAGAACUUGAGCUGCUGUUUUUUCCCAUCCAAUCCUCUGUGAUGGUUACUCGAGAUUGUUGUCGUGCGCGGCUUCGAAGAAGGAAGGUUGUCAUAAAUUUUUUCGUGCGCUGAAUAAAUCCUCUUACUUUGUCAUUGUCCCCCAAUCACUUAAGUACAAGACCCCUUCUCGUCUUCCGCUCUUUCUUCAUUCACCGAUAUCGUACUCCCUGAAAAAGAAAAUAAAUGCCCACGUUUGACUACAAAAAGGCACAACUUUCAACAAUUAAUAGCACGACAAGUAGAGCGCAGAAGUAAGCUGUAGGUAUUAAUCUUCUGCUUGUCACUCGGAAAAGGUAUAGUCUAUUUUCGCGAGUAGUACCUACACUACUAGAAAAUGGCGUCCCUCGAGCAGACCAUUGACGAGCAGCACCAGGAUCUGACCCUGUUUGUGCAGAACCUGCUGAAAGAGAUGCAGAGCAGGUUCCAGACCAUGUCUGACGGCAUUGUCAACCGUAUUGACGACAUGGGAGGGCGGAUCGACGAUUUGGAAAAGUAUAUUCGUUUACACACUCCAGUUCCUCUUGAUCUCUCAUCGAGCAGGAGGAUAGAAGUGCCUGUUGGUGUCUUUGAAAUGCACGAAGGUAGAUCCGUAUCUAGAAAUUGUGAUGCAUGACGCUACUGAACUACAACAAACGAAACUAACAGGUCUAUCGGCGAGCUUAUGACGGAGGCCGGCGUAAGCGAGGAUGUCGCCGCCGCACCUGCUAGUGGAGAAAAAUGAAUUCCGGAAGACGUCUUGUCGCAGCUCUGUCGUAACAGUAGAUCAAGCAUUAUUUCCAAGAUAACAAAGUUUAUUUUUGGAUGCGGUUCAUUCAUCGUGCUGGAGAGCAAAAGAAAAGCGCAUGGAGCUACAGCAUUCUCACUAACCACCCGGAACGAAACGAAAAAAUAGCACGAGUCGCUAAGUGGAAGUGCUACUUGGUUACAGAGGUAAAGACGUAAAAUUAAGAAAGCUUC